CAGCAGCAGCAGCAGCAGUGGCGAGCGAGCUGCAGCAGCAGCAAAAAGGCAGCAGCAGCAGCCGCAGCAGCAGCAGCCACUGCUGCUCGCUGUCUGCGCAGCAGCAGCAGCAGCACGUGCUGCUGGGGCCCCUUCAAAAGCCUGUCUUUAACUUUAUUUAUAAUUGCUGCUGAGCUUGUCCUGAUUGGCUGCUGGAGUCGAGCAGCAACAACCCUGCAGCAGCAGCAGCAGCAGCAGCAGCAGAAGCAGCAGCAGCAGCAGCAGCAAGGCGGACAGCACCUGGCGGGGGACUUGAGGCAGAGUUCAUCUCGAGCCAAUUCCCUUUUUGUUUUGGGGGCCCUUGAGGCUUGCAGCAGCAGCAGCAACAACAACAGUAGCAGCAAAAGCAGCAGCAGCUGCAGCAGCAGCGGGAGCCGCAGCAAUAGCAGCAGCAGCCGAAACAGCAAAACGCCUCUUUCGCUCGCUGCGCAGCAGCAGCAGCCGCAGCCGCAGCAACAGCAGCAGCAGGAGUCUGAGCAGCAGCAGCGGCGCAGCACAGCCAUUCUCAUCUCCCGCAGCUGGGAGGGGGCACUUCCCCUGCUGCUGCUCUUGCUGCUGCUGCUGCUGCUGCUGUUGGUGGAGUUAACCUGUGUCUUUACGAGGAAAUUAGGGCUUGGACACACCGAGGACAGCAGCAGCAGCAACAGCAGCGUGAGCGUAGAAGCAGCAGCAGCAGAAGCAGCAACACCAGCAGCCGCACGGCCAGCAGCCAGCAGCACCCUGCAAAGCCCCCAAGGGGAAGCAUACAGGGCUGCAGCAGCAACAGCAACAGAAGCAGCAACAACAGCAGCAGCGGCGGCAGCAGCAGCGGCUGCUGCCGCCGCUGCUGCAAGAGAUAAGUCUGAGCCCAGCUGCCGUCGCAGCAGCAGCAGCACAACUGUAGCAGCAACAGCAGCAGCAGCAGCAACAACAACACAACUGCAGCAGCAGCAGCAGCUUCAUUUCGGCGAGCCGCCUGCCGAUAAAUGCAGCGGCCGGGCGCAGUGCCCGCAUCGAAGCAACAGCAGCAGCAGCAGCAACAACAGCAGCAGCAGCAGCAACAACAGCAGCAGCAGCAACAGCUAG